GAAUCAGAUUAUUGUAAGACAUUUGAAUUACAGAAUUAAAUUUUAAUUCACGUGUAAUAUAAGCGUAGUGGAUUGGUGGAUUUGGUUACAGUAGGUUUCCCUAUGGCCAACCCGGACAAUGGGACUUCACAAUGUCAGUACAUUUUGUUUAUUACUGUUAAGCAUACAAAAUGUGUUUGGGGAAGUUUGGAAUUUUGGGAAACCUUCGUUAGGAAGUGUUAAAUUGCUUCAUCACAAGGGACAUGUUGGCCUAUUCACACGUACAAAGAAUAUUAAACUUGAAAUACCUAAAUGCUACAUGGUGUCGCACGUCACAGUCGAUGUGGUCAAUAUCAUUUCAACCCCGGAGGUGUUUUACAAUUCAAAUACGAACGUAGUGACAAUACAUUACGGUACAUUUCAGAAUAGCCUCUCUUCAUACGAUAUAGUUGCAGAAGGACUUUGGAAAAUGGGUUGUACUAACUGAC